AUGGGGCACCGCGACCUCGGCCCAGAGCAGGAGAAGGAACAGGGGGAUCGUGAAUGUCCUGAACUGACGCAGCCUGAAAUCGGGAAGGUCACACUUACAGGAAGGCUAUUUGGCGAUAAAGCGGUGUACUCUUGUCCCCACGGAUACCACGUGGUUGGCCUGCAGAGCAGGAGUUGUCAGGCGGAUGGUAAAUGGGCUGGCCAGCCACCAGCCUGCAAGGAGAACAUCUACUGCCUCCAGCCGCCUACAAUAGAACAUGCUCGUCACUCAGCGCUCCCAGAACAAGCGACUUUCGACCUUGAUGCCACCGUACAAUACAAUUGCCACACUGGCUAUGUCACCAAUGGAUUCCCCAGAGCCAAGUGCCUGGCUAUCGAUGGUCAAGCUUCUUGGUAUGGACCUGAUAUUAGUUGCGAACCUCGAUCCUGCGGUGAACCAGGCGACGUUCCCCACGGCUGGGUGACCGCAGACUGUCAUACCUUCGGCUGUCGAGCUGUCGUCCAAUGCGGGCAAGGCUUCGAGCUCGUCGGCAAAGCUGAAAGAUAUUGCCAGGCUGACGGGGCUUGGGCUCCCAAAGAGCUUCCUACCUGCGUCCUGGUAACGCAGGUGCAGUGUCCGCCGCCUGAAGCGCCGCGGCACGGCAAAGCAGUGUACACAUCUUGCGCAUACAAUUCGGUCGUGUCAUACGAAUGCAAGUAUGGAUACCGGCUUGUGGGAGACGCGACUAGGCGAUGUGGCGCUGACAAGAAAUGGUCUGGUGGACAGCCAAUGUGUAAAGAGAUCAACUGCGGUCAUCCUGGUCAGCUAUGGAACGGUUGGUUGGAAAAUAUUUCUUCUGGAACUGGAUUGGGUGCCUCCAUAAUCUUCAGAUGCCAGGAUGGUAUGAAGAUGGAGGGUAAUGGAUCUGCCAUCUGCCAGAAUGAUGGUACUUGGAGUCAUCCGUUGCCUAUGUGUUUGGCGCCGUGCGUGGUGCCCCACGUCUCUCAAGGCCGAGUGGUAUUGGUGGAGAAUAAGACAGGGGAUAACAGCACCCAUGAGGGCAACACGCAGAUUGUAGGCAGCUCUACUAUGGUGCAACACGGUGAAAUAAUUGUCGUAGAUUGCGAGAAGAACUAUGAGUUUCCCUCAAGUAAUGCAGCUGUGACUUGUAACAAUGGAACCUGGACACAGAUCCCGAGGUGUCAACCAGCCAGAUGUAAGAAAAUGCCAAAGUUCCCGAGAAACGGAAUGGUGAUAGCUCCCAAAACAGAGCACGGCAUGAAAGCUAGAUUCCGAUGUAAGGAUGGCUUCGAACUGAAGGGGAAUCCUAUUGUAGUCUGUUCUUUUGGAGUUUGGAGUGGAGACACACCUAAAUGUGAAGAAGUAUUUUGCCCAUUCCCCGGCUACAUAGAAAACGGCAAAGUGCUGCUUGUCGGUAACAUGGGUUUAUACGACUAUCGACCUUACGUCAAAAAGGUUGUGAACAAUAAACAGAUAAUGUAUGAAUGUGAGAAGGGAUAUGUUCUAUCUGAAGGGCCACCAGGAGCCACGUGUGUUGGAGGUCAUUGGAGUCCGAGAGAACUGCCUAAGUGCACACUUUACCAGCAUCCACGAAUCCGAUGGAGCCGACGACGCCGAUCCAUUCCAGAUCCUGAAAUUCGUCACAGAAGAUCAACAUUUCUACGACAGUAUUACAACAACCUACAUCGCCAAACAGACCCCUCACAACAAUACGUCGACCAACUUUACGAUAAAUAUAACCAUGGUACCUCAAAACCAACUCUGAGACACGCCAACUUCAAAAUCAUGAAGAAAUUCGAUUUCGAUGGUGAUAUGGAAACACCCACCAGUAUUGAAAAUAAUGAUGAAAACUUCCCUACAGCUGUCUACACUAUUUAUAACAUUCAUGGAGAGCCUAUCGGACACAGGUUGUAUUCAUAUCAACCUGUUUACGAACCAGAAGAAGACGAUGUAGUACAACAUGGAGAUGCCUCAGAGUAUGAAGAUUCUGAAGAAGGAGGCGAUGAACUCUCUCAUGCAACGGUACUCAAAGGAGGAAUGUUUGAUGAACAUAGUACCGACAGCAAUGCUGAUAAUAUAAACAAACUCAAACAUGAAUAUUUCGAACGAUAUGUUGAUAAACGACGUAAAAGAUUUUUGCUAAAAAUAUCUGAGGAAAGUCAAAAGGAUUCAGAUAGUCAUCAAGAUGAAGAAGACGAUUUAGAAUUAGAUAGUACGAAGAAAGUAAUGGAUUUAGAACUAGAAAGUGAUGAAAAUAAGGUUGAUACUGUAACAAAAGUCCCACCAGAAAUUACGACUAAGGUAAGGAUCAAACGAGGAAUUAAUAACGAAGAAUAUGAUACGAAUAGUUGGACUCUAAAACCAACUACAGAAAAUGUAAAUUUGAAUAAUGAAAUUAAUCUUGAUUUAUUAAAAGUAGUACCUUUGACUACUAAGCUAAGUGAACUUGAUUGUGAAGAUAGUAAAGAAAUGACGGUAAUACCUUUAAAACAUAACUUGGAAGAUAAAGAUUUAAAUAAGGAAGUGGCUAUAGUACCUUUGCAAUACAACAAAACAAAUUCGACGGAGGUUGAUAAUAUUUUGGAUAAACGAGAUAAAAGAACAAGUAGGAAAACUGAUAGACUGAAUCAAACCACUGCAACUGUUCCUAAAACAGGCAGAGAAGGCAAGGGUGGUAGAAAUAGACAACAAACUGCUUCAACAGGCGAAGACCAAGACGGAACUGAAACUAAAGACGUGAUUGAAAGCAAUAAUCCACAGAAUACCACAGAAAAAGGAAAAAAGGGACGCCCUAAAAGUCCCUGUGAACCAAUUGAGAGUGAACCUUAUGUUAAUAUCGAGAUUGUUAAAUACGGACGGGAUCCUAAUAAUACGUUUAGUUCAGGGACAAUAGUUCGCGUCGCAUGUGGUAAAGGUUACGGACUCAAUUUGGAAACGAAUGCCACAGCCAAAUGUGUCCGAGGGAGGUGGAAACCUGAAAAACCGAAAUGUGAAAUUCUUCCCUGCCACGUGCCCUCAACGGAGUACGGUAUCUACACGAUGUCUGCUGACUCUGCGCAUCCGAUGACUGCCAGCCAGGUCCUGGGCUCGAACCUGCAAGAUGAGAAGGAACUUAAUGAGACUGAUCCGGUCCCUAACGGACAGGUGGUACACUUCUCCUGCGAAUAUGGUUACAAUGUGCAAGGACCAACCAAUCUUCGUUGCUGGCUAGGAGAAUGGGCAGUGACCAGUAUGCCCGAAUGUGUAGCAGCUCCUUGCGAACUCCCAUUACUACACGGCGCUACAUACGAAGCAGGAUACCGAGCUGGACUGACAGUAGCUCACGCGUCCUCCGUCAACAUAGCUUGUGAACCCGGCAGAUCACCACCAGCCACCCUGAACUGUCAUUUAGGAAGACUGCAGCCCACCGUCCAUGAUUUCUGCAGACCGCUUGCUAACUUAACCCGUCCACGUCCAACCUCAGAAUACCAAAGCGGUUCUGAUAUAGUUAGAGAAGACAUUUCAGAACUAGAACCUGACAUCGAUGCUACUACUAACACAGAUUGCGGACCACCAGCCAGGAAUCCACAAGAAGUCAGGGUCCAGGGUACGCUGAUAUACCGAGAUGGGGCUGAAGUGAACAGCUCCUUAGGAGUGGAAGGUUACCCCCAUGGCACCGAGAUCACAUUUAAAUGCAUAGCAUCUAUCAUGGGAGAGAAGACGACUUGGAAGCUGAUUUGUGAGCAGGGUAACUGGGUCGGCAAGAGCUUUAAUUGUGAAGAAAUAGAGGCUCAAAACGAGGAACUGAUGAACAACAACAGCUGUACCUUCGAGAACGAUGAGCCCAACGUUGUGGCUUUCUACAACGAUAUGCAGAUCACUGAGGUCGUCGACUUUCCUGCAGGAGCCAUGAUCACAUCCAGGUGCAUUGACAUCGGCAAGUACGCUAUGUCUGGAUCUCAAACCCGCAAAUGUAUUGGAGGGUCCUGGGACGGAGUGAAACCGACUUGCGUUGGACUUAACCAGCAAAUGGAUUAUGCCAUGGAGAAGAAACCUACAAUCCUGUUCCGUCACUCACAAGGCCCAAUCGCGCAAACUAAUGAUGGGAAGCUGCUGGUCUACCCUGGAACAGUACUCCACAUGGAAUGUUUAUGGAUGAGGAGAUUUGGAAACCCUAAGUGGAAUGUCACGCACAAUAAUCCAGAAACCGACCGCAAGUACAUAGAGGGCUGGACGACGGACCCUGGUAGGGACAGCGCGUUGGAGUACAGGCUGAGCAUCAUCAACGCUGUAAAGGAAGAUUCCGGGAUAUACCGGUGUGAGACACCCGCCAGACAGAGCCAUCAGGUGGAGAUUAUUGUUGAAGAUGUCCAUUGCCCUCCACUUCCCAUUCGUCGUGGGCUAGUAGCCAGUGGACUAGGCACUCGGUUGGGCACAGAAAUCAGGUUCCACUGUGCCAAUGGAAACGCGCUGCUCGGCGCGCAUACGCUUGUCUGCCGCGCGUCUGGCAACUGGAGUGCACCUUUACCAGUAUGUGAGAGUGUGGAGUGUGGUGAUGUAAUUCAUGAUACGCCACUGGGUGAAGGUGAGAGAAGACCUCGUGUAGCCGUGGUGUCGCGGGGAGUAGGUGGACGCGCUGCCUUCUCCUGUGCGCCUGGUUGGGCACUGCGAGGCGCACCAGAGACAGUCUGCCUGCCAGCCGCUGAUUGGGCCAAACCUUUCCCUGUUUGUAGAGCAUCUGGCUACGUGCUAGGCCGAGCGCCAUACCGCGCUGGAGAUGUACUGCAGUUCCACUGCAACCCAGAGCACACGCUGCAUGGACGACCGAUACUGGUCUGCCAGGACAGUGGACGGUGGAGCGAUAAACCACCAACUUGUGCUCAAGCGUGUACCUACCCAGGCACUACGAUCUCGGGCCGCAUGUCUUCUGUGAAGUUCUACUACAAGAUCGGCGAGACCAUCACAUUUACCUGCGAGCCUGGGUAUCGGCUGAAGGGAGCUCCCAUGCUCCGAUGUUUGAAAAACAGAAAAUGGUCAAACGCUAUUCCACUCUGCACACCGAAUUCAAACUUCACGUCAUCGGAUUCAGUCGCCAUGUUUAACGGUGACAUAGACGCCAUGUUGUCAGACGAGCCGGACGUGUUGCGAACGCGGGAAUCGCCCGCCAUCUUGUCACCAGAGAGUUACAAAGCAGCUGUCACCAGAGCUGCAGUAUCAAGGUUACUCCGAAGAGGUCCGAUUGAGAAUUUUAGAAAUAGAGUAUUUAGAGUGAAUAGGCUACUAAGGAGGGACACGGAAAGAUAA